AUGGUGGCUAUGAAGACCUGUUCUCUGCUGCUGGCGCUGCUCUUCCUGGCAGCCGCGCUGGGAGAAGAAGAAGAAGUUCAAUUCAGAUCCCAAGCUAAAUCUGGUAGCCUCCGGCCUCGAGGCCCGAGGUAUGCAGAGGGGACUUUAAUCAGCGAUUACAGCAUCCUCAUGGACAAGAUCCGCCAACAUGAGUUUGUGAACUGGCUGCUGGCCCAGAAGGGGAAGAAGAUCAACUGGAAACACAACAUCACCCAGAGAGAGGCCCAGGCCUUGGAGCAGGCAGGACAGUCUGAGAGAAAUGAGGAGACAGAGGGACAACAGAGAUCCCAAGCUAAAUCUGGUAGCCUCCGGCCUCGAGGCCCGAGGUAUGCAGAGGGGACUUUAAUCAGCGAUUACAGCAUCCUCAUGGACAAGAUCCGCCAACAUGAGUUUGUGAACUGGCUGCUGGCCCAGAAGGGGAAAAAGAUCAACUGGAAACACAACAUCACCCAGAGAGAGGCCCAGGCCUUGGAGCAGGCAGGACAGUCUGAGAGAAAUGAGGAGACAGAGGGACAACAGAGUUCCUUGCCCAAGAACCCCAGUGAUGAAGAUGUGCUCAGGGGCUUGCUGAUUCAAGAGCUGCUGGCCUGGAUAGUGGACCAAAUAGAGCUCUGCCGGCUCAGGAUGGGGACAGGAAGGCUAUGA